AUGCAGUCAACCUGCCAAGCGGCUUCCAAGCUUCUCUUUGGUGGAGUGAUCCAUGCAACAGAAUUGAGACUCAAAAAAAAUACUGAGUGUAUUUUGGAGCCUCUGUCUCUGCCAGAAAGUCCAGGUGGUGCUGAUGCUGUAGAAAGUUCUCCCUGCGUGCCUUGCAUUUUCUGCAAAGAGUGCUAUCUUUUAGCAGAACAAAACCAGCUCCUGAAGCACAUGAUUAUUGAACACAAGCUCGUCAUAGCAGACGUGAAACUGGUUGCAGAUUUUAGAAGCUACAUCUUGUACUGGAAGAGAAGGUUUGCAGAACAGCCUGUCACAGACUUUUGUAGUGUGAUAAGAACAAAUUCAAAAGCACCAUUAGAAGAACAGGACAAUUAUUUUCUUUUAUGUGAUGUUUUACCAGAAGACAGGCUACUUAGAGAGCAACUUCAGCAAAAAAGACUGAGAGAAAUUCUAGAACAGCAACAACAAGAGAGAUGUGACACAAGUUUUCAUAGUAUGUGUAUGUUCUGCGAUCAAGAAUUCACAGGAAACAGAUCUGUCCUUCUCAAUCAUAUGGCAAGAGAGCAUGCUUUUAACAUUGGACUGCCAGAUAAUAUUGUGAAUUGCUAUGAGUUUUUGGCUGUAUUACAGGGGAAGCUUGACAAUUUGCAGUGUUUAUAUUGUGAAAAAGUCUUCAGAGACAAAAACACACUUAAAGAUCACAUGAGAAAGAAGCAGCAUCGCAGAAUCAAUGCCAAAAACAAAGAAUAUGACAAAUUUUAUAUCAUUAAUUACUUGGAAUUUGGAAAGUCCUGGGAGGAAGUGCAGUCAGAGGACGACCGGGAAUUACUAGAUAACCUAGAAGAAGACUGGUCUGACUGGGAAGAGCAUCCUGUAUGUGCAGUUUGCCUGUUCUGUGAACAACAAGCAGACACCACAGAAAAACUGUAUCUUCACAUGCAGAAAUCACAUGGAUUUGACUUUCCUAAAAUAAAGUCAGAGCGUGGUCUGAACUUUUAUCAGCAAGUAAAGCUAGUGAAUUUCAUCAGAAGAGAAAUCCAUCACUGUCGUUGUUACAACUGCCAGGAGAAAUUUCAGUCCAAAGAGGUAUUGAUAAGUCAUAUGGAAGAGACCAAACACAUUGCAUUCCUGCCAGCCAGAUCUACAUGGGAUCAACCACAGUAUUAUUUUCCUACCUAUGAAAAUGAUACACUCCUGUGCACGCUGUCAGACAGUGAAGAUGUGAUAACUGAGGAUCAAAGUGAAGAAGUCCCUGUUGUAAGCGAAGAUAUAUCCAGUCUAAAAGCUCUCAAACAGAGCAGUGUCUUAAACCAGCUCCUGUGUAAAGAGAACAAGAGUUGGGAGAAAUUUUGAAGUACAGUUGCUGACCUUCAGUGCUUCUUCUGCAAGACAAAAAAAAAAUCUAUUCUUUCACUAAUAUCGAAAUACAGUUUAACUCAUAGCUAUUAUUACAGGACAAAUAUAGAAAGUGAAUGCUAAAUAAAAUUUAAGUGUUAACUUUAUUGGUUUGUCUUCCUUUAAAUUUUAGCUUUAAAAUUGAAUGCUGGCUUUUCAAAUACUGUUAGUAUUAUUUACAAAUUUUUCAUCUUUUUUUAUUUUUUUCUGAAUAAAUCAAAAUUGGAGUUCUAUGUA